UCGAGUGUCUCGUGCACGAUUAAAGGUUGACUUAAUGUAUGUGAUUAGCUGGUUACAUUAUCUGUAUUCGUAGUUUGUACAAAAAAAUAAUUUACUGACAUGGAGCUCUCAGUGUCAAUUGUUAAAGAACUUGCAGAACAACUAACUGUUAAACAAAGCCACAUUAAUGUGGAUGACGUGAUCCAAAAGCUUUUCCAGGAGGUGUCCGUAGACAAUUCAUUUGGACCACUGGACCCUCAGAUGGAGGACAUAGCCAUACAACUGUGGAACUGGGCAGUGACAAAGCGAGAGGGCCCAGAAAUAACUGAACAUCAGAGGGCAAAAGUGCGUCAUGUGGCGUGUAAGUUGGUGCAUUCAUGUGGACAGGAGAAUCCGUCAGAAAACUCCAUCCGCAAGCAAAUCCUGAUGGCAAGCAAAACUGGCAGGACAUGGCUUGACUGUAAAAAUCCCAAAUUGGCAGAUGUGUUCCUCGGCCUGGCUGUAAAGAGCCUGGAGACACUUUACAGCAGAUUAAUAUCCCGUGGAGAUGGAGCCUCAGAUAUCAACAUGCCCAAAGCGGAUGUGGAGAAGGACCUGCUGCGGGUGCUGUCUUAUCAAGCUGAAUCGGCUGUCGCUCAGGAAAGACAUCAGGAGGCUGUUGCGUGUAUGCAGCGCUGUAGAGAGAUGCUGCAACGUCUGCCCAAAGAGACUGGCUAUCUGUCUCUGAUGUGUUACAACUUUGGAGUUGACUCCUACAAUCAAAAGAAAUAUGAGGAAAGCUCAUUUUGGUUGAGUCAGAGUUAUGACAUCGGUAAAAUGAAUGCGAAGUAUUCGCCAGGAUCUGAAGUGCAAGCCAAAGUACUGAGGCUCCUUGCAACAGUGUACGUUGAGUGGGAUUGUCAGCAGUUUAAGGAAAAAGCUCUAAGUGCCAUCAGCUUAGCCAAUAAGGACUGCAGCUCUCCCUCUGGACUGUACCUGAAGAUCCGCAUCCUGCUGAGGAGCGGCGCUCCCGAUGAGCAGCUCAGAGGCGGACUCACAGAGCUCAUGGAGUCUGAGGUCACUCUUGAAGUGUGUUUAAGUGGCGUGAGACUGCUGAUGGGGGAGGACAGAGAGCAGCUUGCCUUUGACUUUCUGAAGAAGGUGUGUGAGCGCUUCAUGUCAUCCCCUGAGCUGGGCUCGGCCCUGGUGCUCCACAUCGAGCUGCUGCUGCAGAGAGGCAAGGAGCUGCUGGCCAAGCAGAAGAUUGAGGACGUCAUCACAGGUCACUACACAGGGCAGCCGCUCACACCACAGACUCUCACCACCCUCCACCUGCUGCUGUGGGAUCGAGCCUUCAAACACUUUGAGGCCAAAAACUACACGGAGGCCUUACAGUGGUAUGACUACUCUCUGAGUUUCUACAAGCGGGGGCAGCUCGAUCCCAAUCUGGCCAAACUGCAAAGGAACCGAACUUCCUGCUUUCUCAAUCUCCAACAGCUGGAGAAGGCGAAAGAGGCAGCAACAGAGGCUACCAGAUGUGACCCAAACAGCAUCUUCAGUCACUUUAGCAUUUACAAGAUCGCCAUUCUGGAGAACAAUGUGGACAAAGCCACCCAGGCGGUGCAGGAGAUUGGGCUGCUGGCCCAGGCCCCUGUGAGCAGUGAGGAGCGGGUGCUGCUCAAGGAGAGCGCUGCUGCCACGCUGCUCAGCCUGGCGGCUCAGAUGGCCCUGGAGAGCGAGCAGCAGGAAACGGCCAUAAAGGCCCUGGAGAGUCUGUGUGAACACUCACAGGAUGUAACGCAAGUGCUCACUGCCCUGAGGUGUUUAGUCAGACUUUUGCUGUCAACAAUGGAGAACACCACUGAGGAGAGAAGGAAUUGCAGCUUGGAUAUGCUGCUGUCCUACCUGAAAAUGGCCCAGCAGAGAGUGUCCACGCUGAGCACGGGGACGCAGCGCACAGACGAGGCCCACUGGUUCAGGAGGAUCGCCUGGAACUGUGCACUGCAGUGUGAGAGUGCUCCAAUCAGGAUGAAGGAUUUCUUUGCGAUGUCUUAUCAGUUGUCUCUGCUCUGUCCUGUAGACAAAGGAAUGCUGAUGGCCCAGAAGACCUGCCUGCUUAUGGCGGCUGCUGCUGCUCUAGAGCUGUGCAGAACCACUCCCCACUCCCCACAGCAGCCUGAGCUGCUGGCUGAGGUUCUAGAGCACAUUCAGAUCUGCUGGAACGCGUGGAAUGCGCUCAAACCAUCAGGAGAUUUCUCUAAGGACCCAACAGAGGCGCUGCUACUCCUGUAUGAGUUUGAAGCUCGUGCAAAGUUAAAUGACCCCAAGCUCGACACAGUGCUGGAAUCUGUGCUGGAGCUUGAGAAUGUUGACUCAAAAAUCCUUGAGACCAUUGCUGCCCGUGUUUGGAUAAGCCUAGUGCGUAUGGCCGCUCUGGCCAUGGAGCCGCCGGCACACUUCCCUGUCCUGUGCAAGAAGGCCCUGCGCAUCGCCCUCUCUCUCCACAGGAAGCAGCCACAGGCUGACCUGGCCCGCUGCAGUCAGUGUAUCCACAGCCUGAUCGAGCUGUCGCUGCCGCGUGGGGUGUGUGAGGUGGAGGCCCGUGUGCUGGAGGAGGUCUGGGGCUACUACGAGGAAGCCCAGGCCAUCAUCAACAGCGCUCCGGAGGACUCCACCGAGCUGGAGGUGCUGUGGCUGCUGACGCGGGCCUGGAACACGGGCAUCCUGCUGUACAGCCUGGCCCAGUACCCCGAGGCCGAGAAGUGGUGCGGUCUGGGGAUGAGUUUCCUGCGCCACCUGGGCUCCCUGCAGGAGAGCUAUCAGAAGCAGAUGUCUGGCCUGUACAGUGAGCUGCUGGAGCGGCUGGAUAAAGCCAAGAGAAACCUCAUCAUGGAGGAGUGAGCCUGCGGGAGGAGCUGUGCUAAUGUGAUUGUAUUUAUUUAUUUAUUUAUUGUGUUCAUGUAAAGUGUUGUACAGAGUAAUAUUUAUGUUAUGAUAGUAAUGUUUUGUAUUGAUGGAAUCUGUCCUUAAUUUAAAUAAUUGGAUAUUUUACACAUCACAAGAUUUCUACUGAAUACAUUUGUAA